CCACACACACAAGCCCAGCCAUCCAUUCGCACUUGUUACACCACUCGGCACGCACCAAGCACCACCACAACCAACCUAACGCCAGCACCUCCCGCAGCCCAGCGGCCAGCCAUGAUUUCCUCGGGCUUUCCUUGACUUCCCCCCAAGGUUGCAAUGCGGACUAACUUCUUGACUUUUCAACUUCACAUACCACUUCCUUCGUCCCUCACACGGCAGACGCCUUCUUCUGACCUUUUCGGUUCUGUCUUAUACCCAGUCGUUUUUCGUUUCUCGGGACCAGAAAAUUAAAGGACCAACCCUCCCCUUGCAACACCUUUGUGUUGUUGUUAUUGUUGUUAUUCCCCCCCCAAAAUCGACAGCCGAAAUCCAUUCGCUUGCCUGCCUACUAGGAACCUUGGCUUAAUCCCAGGCUUCAGCCCGAUCCACCUUGUUUGGGCGACCCGACCGGUUCCCCCUCGACCACCGACCGCGACUGCGACUACAACACGACACACAACCCCUGGUGACUCCUGUAUCACUCGGAAACCUUCUCCGUCUUCAGAGCCUUCGACCUAACUACAUCAUCACCACACUUGCCGCCCUAUCGCUCGCCAAAUAUCGUCUUUCAUUGCAUACAGUAUUGCGAAACCGCAACCGCUCGAACCUCCGAAACAUCCAAGCCAGAAGGCACGCCAUACAACAUGCGUCGCCCUUCGGCAGACCUCACCGACCCUUCGCGCAAUCUAGAGGAGUCUGUUGGCUCGCCAUCGUCAGUCAUGGAGGGAGCCGACGUUGACCUAUCCAUGCCCCCGACCUCCGACGAGGAGAUGGACGACACUGACGGCCGCAUCUUCACCCCGCCUCCGCACAUCGCCGCCCGCUUCUACCGGCCCUCCCAGACCCGUCGCAAGGACUCAGCAGCCUCUUCCCGCCGCAACUCCAUCUCUUCUGCUCAUUCCCGCUGUUCCUCGACCCAGACCUUCACCCGCCAUGGAGACUCUGACCAGAGCAAGCACAUUGCACAGCACCUCCGGCGCACGUCCUUUCUCGAAGACCGAAAAGCACGCCUCGCCGACCGAGCUGCCCACGCCGAAAAGGUUCGUCUGAGAGCCGCCAUGGCCAAGGCCAGCCACCGCGACACCUCCCUAUCCGAAGAACGAGCCAUUGCUGCCCAACAAGCCCGGGAGCGCAACCUAGCCGAGAUCGUGGCUUCCUGUGCCGAGGAGGUCAAGAGGGCCAAGGCCGUUGCCGAGACCAUGAAGGGCAAGAGAGAACAGGAAUUGGUCAAGCUCCGCGUUCAGAUGGAAGAACGCUUGGCUGAGGCCGAGCGGCGGAGAGAAGAGUUGAAGGGCCGUAAUGCCACCAAGAGGGCGCGAGGCCAGAGUCUCAUGUCGCGGAAGCCCACCGAGGCUUCUUCGAAUACCUCUGACGAGAAGCGUGCUCGGGUGUUGAGUGAGCCUGAAGCGGCCGAAAAGUUGCAAUGGUGGUGGAAGAGCCUCAUGAGGAGAAAGGCUGUCGCUGAGUUCUCCGAGUUGGGCAUCACCAUUGACGGCGUGCGGGACACGUCCUUUGACCAGGUACUCGAGCUGUUGGCGCAAGAAGAGGUCCUCGUACAGACCGCCCGUAUCCUUAGGAUAUGCGGUUUGCAGGAGGGCGAGACGGGGUCCGUCGAGGAGAUGGCCGCCGUUCGCACAUUUCUCAGCGCUUUUCUCAUUCUGGGCCACCCCACGCAGGUUCUGAGUAACAAGGACGGCACGGGGGAUAGGGAACAGGUUGGAUUGUCACAGCCUCAACCAAUGCCCCGUAAUGACCUUGCUAAUCCACAGCUGCAGGACCUCGUGACGAAAGCCCGAGAUCUCCUAAUUUCUUUCGAGAAUAUCAUGUCGCGUUUGACUGCAGCCAACAACUAUACCCCCCCGCCGACUCUGCGUAGUGCACUGCCCGAGAUUUACGCCACUUUCUACAACGCGUUCCUUGCGUGGAAGUCUCGGGACUCAGAGUCUCUUGUUCAGUUAAUGCUCUUACAGUUUGUUGAGCUGGACAUGAUUUUGCAGACGGUCCAGGAAAGCACCGAAGACGCGGCCGCAGAGCAAUACCGAGAGAGCAUUAAGAGCAAUCAAGUUCAGCUUAUUGUGCGGAUCAAGAAGCUUGCGGGACAGGAAAAGGGCAAGAAGAUGAUCGGCGAUGCCGUUCGCAAGGCACGCAAGGCACGAGCUGCAAAGAAGCCCACUGGCGAUAUGAAGCCUCGUGUCGCCGAAAACGUGCCCGGAGAGGCUUCCGCUACUGCCGAAAGCCUUGUGUCGCCAGAUUCGCAGACCUUGACACCGCCGGCAACGCCGGCCAAAGGUCAUACCAAACCACAGCCCAUCGAGAUCAAGCCUGGGUUCGGCGGCCUGUUGCCCGAUAACAGGAUUGUCGUCCACGAGCUUGCCAUUAACCGAGAAUACCGCAUCCCUUCAAGCGAAUACCGGGAACACCACGCCGCCGUCCAGAUACCCCUAUUCGCGGGAAUGAGAGCAAGCAUUGAGGAAGACAAUAUGGACGCUAGCUUUGCAUAUUUUGUCAUCAUGAUGAGGUAUCUCAAGGACAAUCUGCAGCGGCUCGUCAAGCCCGGUGCCUACAUGCACACGACAAUUAGUGAGAUACUGGAUGUCGAGGUGGCCGAGCGGCAGUUCCAGAUGGGAAGCUUCUCAUAUGAGAAGUUUUUUACUUCCAUGGCAAACCUCUUGCCCAAGUUGUGCGCGCCAUUCCGCGACGACGAGGCCAAGGAUUUGGUGGAAAACAAACUUCAAAACGGGAGCUUGGUUGAUCGGGUGGAAGCAUUGACAGAAUUUGUCGAUUUCAUGUUGUGCGACUACGUCAACUACAUGUUCUCCACUGCAGCUCCUCAGUUGAUUGAGUCUGCAACAGGGUAUGAGAGGAAGAGAUUUACCGGGGCGCUUGAGAGCGGUGCACACGAUUUGAGCGCGGCCGAGACGGCGUGGCGUUCUGCACGCUCCAAGGUUCUGGCGGAGGCUCGAAAGAGAGAUCCGGAGGGCAUCAAUCACCCCAAGAAUCGGCCAACGGACGACAAGAUUUACGCACAGCUGCUCGUCGACAGUUUCACGCAGCCGGCUCCAAUCGCCGUUGACAAAGUACCAGAGAUGUUGGGCUUGGACUACAAGCGCAUGGUGCGGUUGUCCCUGGCCUCGCAGCGAAUUGUCACCACUGGGGCCAUCUUACUGCAAUGCAAGAACCUCCUGAAGCGAGACGUCCGCACGCCGUGGAAGACGGAGGCGACACGGAUCACAGCGGUGCUUGAGGCAGAUCACGACAAUGUUGAAUCGACAGUACAGGGUGUCAUGGCGGCACUCGAGGCAGGUCGGUCUAUGCCGGCAGCGACCAAGACGCACCUGAAAGCCCUCGUUACCAAGGUGCUGAAGGCUAGCCAAGAUUCGAUGAAGAAGAGCAUCGAGCCGACAGAGCCUGUUCUGCGGCUUCUCCUGGCCAGGCUCAGGGGCCACAUGAACGCCAGGUUGACUGCUGGAUCAGCAAAGGAGAAGCUCAACGCGGCUACGACUGCGCAUGAGAAGCUGGCGGGUCUUGGCCUGGCGGAGUUCGCAGUGCAGGUUCGGGAGAUGCUGGACGAGAUAUCCAAGGUCGGAGCCGUCGACAGAGCGGCCCACGGAUCAUGGUGGAACGAAGUGGCGGCCAAGGUGGCGGCGGAAGGAGGAGCGACGGGCGCCAGCGCCAGCGCCAGCGCCGGCAGUCCGGCAUAAGGUUGCAAGGCACAAGGCUGCAAGACGAAGAGCACGUGUGUAUGCAUGGUACGAUAUACGAGUAGAGGAGGAGGCAUUCUUGAGGACUUUUUCUCUUGACGACGUAAUGAUGUACUUGUUCGGGAUCGAAUGGGGGCAGGCGUUACGGUGUGGGAUUGGCUGCUUUCGAGAUCGUUUUUUCAUGGCACGGUUAGGACGCAUUGGGUAUCUUGUGAAUUAGCGCGCUCACAGUGUUGGGAGGGAAUUUGUCUGGAGGCAAGGCAAGAGAAGGGAAGCACUAUAGGUAGGCAUCGAUCGUGUCUGGCGAUGUGUAUACCAAGCGAACAUUAGAGGCUUUGGGAUGCCACAGCGGGAGAGGAC